ACGGCCGCACCACCUACAAAAGCACCCCCACUGCGAAUAAAUUGCCCCGUGCCGGCGUCCAUGAGCUUCCUCGCUGGCCGCCUCGCCGCCGCCAAGGAGGGCUCCUACUUCCUCCAGGAGUCAAAGAACGCCGUCGGUCGCCUCGCUCAGAAGCUCCCCGCCUCCGCCUCCGCCUCCGCGCCCGGGCCGGCGUCCGCGCAGCCGUCGCCCGACGUGCUGCCGGAGAUCCUCCGCCACUCCGUGCCCAUCAAGGCGACGCCGCCCCUGGCCGAACCCUCCCUCUCGGCGUGCUCCCGCUGGGCCCUCCCACCGGGCGGGGCCGAGGCCGCGGGCGUGCACCCCGACGCGCUCAACCCGCUCCGCUCCUACGUCUCGCUGCCGCAGGCCACCUUCGGCCCCAAAAGAUGGCAGCUUCCAAAUGAACAGUUUCACUACUCAGCAUCAACAGCCAAUGACCGGAGACGGGAUAGACACCCACCUCCCGUGGACCCUGAGAAGUUGAAGGCUGUAAUCGCUGGACACUCACAAAUUGGGAAGGCAUUUAUUGCUGCCACUAUUUUGGUGUUCGGAGGAGCAACAGCUGUGCUAUGGUACACAGCAGAUAAGCUACAGUUGCAUUCAGUAGAUGAUGUCAGAACUAAAGGGAAGGAUGCAAUGCGACCACAUGCCGAUAGGAUCAAAGAACAAAUAGCUCCUUUAAGAAGCUGGGCUGAAGAAAUGUCCCGAAAAUGUCAUUUUGAAGGAGAUAAAGAAGCUAAGGAGAAGUCCAUCAUUAUUAGAGAGCUUUCAAGAGCACUGGGUGCUAGGACACCGCCAAACUGAUCAAUGCUGACGGCAGGUUGAUGUAAGUCCACGCCAUUAUCAAGUUCUGCACUUGUUGUAUACUUGCUACCUUUUCAAUAUAUUUAUGUAUAAGCAAACGAUGCAUAUUCGUAUAUAUUGAAUAAAGGACAGCCCCUUC